CUCCCCCCGCUCUCCCCGCGCUCCGGCGCCGGGCCCGGGUAGGGGCGGCGCGAGACGGGCCUGGCGGCCCGGCCUCCCUCCCCCUCCCUCCGGCCCGGCCGGGGGCGGGAGCGGAGGGGCGAGGCGCGGCCCCACUCGGCGGCACCCCCUCCCCGGGCAGGCGCGGGCGGAGCCGGGCCCGCCUCAGCCGGCAGCGGCGGGAGUAGCGCCGCGCUGCGCCGCACCGCGGGCAGCGAGCUCCGCAUUCGAACCUCCCUCGCAAAGACAGUCUCCGCCCCACAAUGCACCGCGGCGGGCAGCCUUUGAAAAAGCGGCGCGGCUCGUUCAAGAUGGCGGAGCUCGACCAGUUGCCUGACGAGAGCUCUUCAGCGAAAGCCCUUGUCAGUUUAAAAGAGGGAAGCUUAUCUAACACAUGGACUGAAAAGUACAGCUCUUUACAAAAAACACCUGUUUGGAAAGGCAGGAAUACAGGCUCUGCUGUGGAAAUGCCUUUCAGAAAUUCAAAACGAAGUCGGCUCUUUUCUGAUGAAGAUGACAGACAAAUAAAUACAAGGUCACCUAAGAGAAAUCAGAGGGUGGCAAUGGUUCCACAGAAAUUUACAGCAACAAUGUCAACACCAGAUAAGAAGGCCUCACAGAAGAUUGGUUUUCGAUUACGUAACUUACUCAAGCUUCCCAAAGCACAUAAGUGGUGCAUAUAUGAGUGGUUCUACUCAAAUAUAGAUAAACCACUUUUUGAAGGCGACAAUGACUUCUGUGUGUGUCUAAAGGAAUCUUUUCCUAAUUUGAAAACAAGAAAGUUAACAAGAGUAGAAUGGGGAAAAAUCAGGCGGCUUAUGGGGAAACCACGGAGAUGUUCUUCUGCAUUUUUUGAGGAAGAGAGAUCAGCAUUAAAACAGAAACGGCAGAAAAUAAGGCUCUUACAACAAAGGAAAGUUGCGGAUGUUUCACAGUUCAAAGAUCUCCCAGACGAAAUUCCUUUGCCCCUGGUUAUUGGAACCAAAGUUACAGCACGAUUACGUGGUGUUCAUGAUGGUCUGUUCACUGGACAGAUAGAUGCUGUGGAUACUCUUAAUGCUACUUAUAGAGUAACUUUUGAUAGGGCAGGGCUUGGAACUCAUACUAUCCCUGACUAUGAAGUUCUUAGUAAUGAGCCUCAUGAGACGAUGCCUAUUGCUGCCUUUGGACAAAAACAGCGACCUUCUCGAUUUUUUAUGACUCCACCACGGUUACAUUAUACUCCUCCUCUCCAGUCACCAAUUACAGAUAAUGACCCCUUAUUAGGACAGUCACCUUGGAGAAGUAAAAUUUCUGGCUCUGACACAGAAACGUUAGGUGGUUUUCCAGUAGAGUUCCUUAUCCAAGUGACCAGAUUAUCAAAAAUUCUCAUGAUUAAAAAGGAACAUAUCAAGAAAUUAAGGGAAAUGAACACAGAAGCAGAAAAACUGAAAUCAUAUUCCAUGCCCAUUGGCAUUGAAUUUCAGCGGAGAUAUGCAACGAUUGUUCUAGAGCUUGAACAACUGAACAAGGACCUAAACAAAGUUUUGCAUAAAGUUCAACAGUACUGCUAUGAGCUUGCUCCAGACCAAGGGCUCCAGCCUGCAGAUCAGCCGACAGAUAUGAGACGAAGGUGUGAGGAAGAAGCACAGGAAAUUGUUCGGCAUGCAAAUUCCUCAACAGGACAGCCCUGUGUUGAAAAUGAAAAUCUGACAGACUUAAUCUCCAGGCUUACAGCUAUUUUAUUACAAAUUAAGUGUCUGGCAGAAGGAGGAGACCUGAAUUCCUUUGAAUUUAAAUCACUUACAGAUUCAUUAAAUGAUAUCAAGAGUACAAUAGAUGCUUCUAAUAUCAGUUGCUUUCAGAAUAAUGUAGAAAUUCAUGUUGCACAUAUUCAGAGUGGCCUGAGCCAGAUGGGAAACUUACAUGCCUUUGCAGCAAAUAACACCAACAGAGACUGAAUAGAAGAUUUAAUUAUUCCAACUGCAUAGGACAUUGUUUUUGAGAAGUUCUCUUCCUUUAUAUAGGCUUCCAACACCAAAUAAACCUAACUGCUGGAAAACAAGGGAAAUUUAAAUCUCCAAAUAAGGCAUUUUAAUAUACUGUACUGCUUCUUAAACCAGCAUUGCUGACCAGCAUUAUAUUUAUUUUUCUUUUAUUAUUCAGCUGCAGUAGCACUGCUUAUGUUACAUAUGUUUAUUAGCAAGUACUUUUAAACUGAAAAUGUCUGAACAUAAUAUAAUUUCAUGGAAGAAUAUGUUGACCAUCUUUUUAACGUGCAUGAAUUCAACCCAACCCAUGCAGACAACUACUGCAGUGGAGAACGUGAAGAAACAUGGUCUUUUUGUGCAUUAUGCAUGGCAAUGUGGAAAUUCCAUCUAGAAAAUUACAACUCCAGUUCAUUUAGUUGAUCACCACCUCAGUCUUCAAAAGAUAACAUCAUGAGAUAUGGGAAGUCCUCAUUUUUAGGAAGCCACUGGAAUAUAGGUGGGAAAUAUGGACUUUACAAGUAUAUAUGACAUAUACUUGCAAUGUGACAUGGUUCUAUAGAUCAUUUUAUAAUAAUAAAUAUUUUAAUUUAUCAUAAUUUAUAAAAGAAACCUUUGUUGUUUGUCUGUUGAAAGAAAAUGAAGGAGCAGGAAAGAAACAUUACUGCAAGAUGCUUAAUUUCAGCAAAUGAAUUUGGCAUGUCUCUUCCCAUCAAUUCAGGGGAAGAUGUGCUAUUGUUAUGGGAUUUAUUUAAAAAAAAAAAAAAAGACUGAUAACACACUAUUUUCAUAUUUUUUGUUUAUUUGCACAGCUUUUGAACCAGAUUACUGGUUAAAAUCCAACAGUUACACAAUUUUUAAAGUAAAAAGAUUUUAUAAGGAAAACAAAUAUAAUAGCCAGUGCUAGGAAAUGGAGAAAAAGGUUUGUAUUUGGUUGUGGGCUUUUUUGGUUUUUGGUUUUUUAAGGAAAACCCUGCCUAAGAUGUUAAUCUUGUAAAAAGUGUGUAUUUGGAAUUUUCUCUGUUUUAAUAUAGAAUAUUAUAAAGUCAAAAUAAGAUAAAUUGUUUUCAGAUUUGGAGUUUAAGAUAUAGCUGUAGAAGUGGCUUUGAUUCUUUUAGAUGUCUCAUAAAAUGAGACUUUUUAUAUGUUAAUGUAUAAUAAAAUUGAAACAAGAUUAUUUUCCAUUUGAAAUUUUUGUAUAGUUUAAAAAUGCUUCCAUAUUCUUUGUUGGUAUUGUGCCACUGCAGAACUUUAGUGCAGAGUUUAUAUUUAGCUAAACUGUUAUGUUAAUUAAGAAAUGCAUAAAUCUUUUAUUCUUAAUAUUUGUAAUUCUAAAUAAAUUGAUCUAUGAAAAUUAAUAUGAUCUACAUUUUCAUUUAAUUAAUACAAGUUGAUAAGUAUUCCUUCUAUUUAAAAAGUUUUUAAAAAUUAUCAUUUCCACUAAAUUAUAUUUUUAGGAAAACCGGUACAGAUUAAUUACCAAGUCAUUUUGAAUUAAAAUAUCAUUAGGGUUUUUUUUCCCAUCACUGAGUAAUCACUGUGGAAAACACUAAGCAAGUAAGUUACUUGGCUUACUAUAGACCUAGAGAAGGGUUUAUUUUUUAAUAUAUUCUGCCUAGACUUAGGUAAGCAUUUUUUACAUUUUUUCUUUUACAUUUCUUAAGGCUAACUUGUCACACUUAAAUUAUACCUCGUCAUUGUAAAGCAAUUAUACUCCAAUAAAGAUGUUAAAAAAAUAAUAAAAUAAAUUAUACCUGGUUUUGCACAUAUUUAAUUAAGCAUUGUCCGUAUCUUUCAGUGCCAUCAUGUGUUGAUGGCAAGAACUGUGCCUAAGAAUAUAUUUGAAUUUUACUUUUGUGUAAGGAAGAAGGAAUCUAUACAAUUCAAAGUAGUCACUUGGGGUCAGCUGUACAUUCAUUUAAAUGAUACUGCCACUGCUUAACACAUUUUUGGAGCUCUAAAGAAAACUAUCAAAGCCAGAUUGAGCGAGCAAGCAAGCAUAUCAGGUGUUAUGUAGAUUUGGUUCUGAAUUACUGUUAGUUCCAAAAAUCAGAUUCACUUGCUACCAUUGAGAAUCUACAAAAAAUCUUGCCAAUUAAAAUUUUUCCCUUGAAUUCAUGCACUUUUCUCCAUCUACACUAUCACCAGUACUCUUAGCCCAGCUGCCAUCAUCACUAGCCUGGAACACAGCAGUCAUUUCCUAACUUAUCUCCCAGUAUCCACUCAGCUCUCCUCAGAUGCAGCCAGAGCGAUAUUCUUAGAACGCAGGACUGGUCAUGUUAUCCCCAUCUGAAGUCUUACGGCUCUCGGGACAAUUUCAGAACUCUCUUACAAGACCUACACAGCCAGGCAUGACCUAGCCUCCCCUACAGUUUCUCCAUCCUGCUCCUUACUCCACAGGGCCUUUGCGCACUCAGUGACCUCUGUGUUCCCUCUCCUUUUACCUUGGUAACUCCUGAUCAUCCUACAGAUCUUACCUUCAGCAUCACUUUCUCAGGGAAGCUUUCUUUGACCACAACACAUCAUCUCCAGGUCUUCAUGUACCCCUCCUUCCAGCACUUUGUCACAUUUGCAAUUUUAUAUUUCUUCUUUUGUCUACAUACUGGCCUCUUUGGUCCACGAGGGGAGGGACUGUUGCUGGUUUUGCUUACCAUUUUAUUUCCAGGCCCUGAUAAAGUACCUUUUAUAGACACCAAAUAUUUGUGGAACAAAUGAACAAAUAAGAGUUUCAAAAGAGCUCUAAGCAACAUUAGUGUCACUGGAGUAAAAGUAUGGUCCUCCAUGAUGAUUGCUUUGAAAGAUGAGACAGUACUCACUUGGGUGUACAAAUUCUGCUUAAGGAGUUGCCUUUAAACCUGUCACGUUAUCAUUAGUCCUAACUAAAAAGGCCAAGCUAACAUAGCAGGCAUUAUAUGGUGGUGAAUAAAUGGUGGACUGAGUUAGUCUUAGAUUUGAUUCCUGGCCGUCAUUUAUUAGCUAUGUGAUUUGUCAACCACUACUUAAAAUUCGUAAUCUUUAAAACAAUAAUAGUCCCUACCUCAUAUGGCAGUUGUGAGGAUUAAACAUAUAGUGCCUAUAAUAAAUACAUUUAGCAGUUAGGGUGUCCUGAGAGUUUGAGAGGGGUACAGAUCACUGUUCUUAGAGGAUCCCACAUUAAAAAUUGUGGCAAUAUUUAAAUAUUUGUAGAUUUUCUAAACUCUUCACUGGGGAAAACAGAACAUAACACAAUGUAAAUGCAAUGAUAAAGUUAAUAAGCUAAUUACCAGGUUUCCUUUAAAUGUGAUCCUUAGUGGACUGCAAGUUUGUUUGUUUUUUUUUUAAGUCAUUUGCUUAUUUUUAUUUGAGAAUAUCCAGGAAAAGUAAGAACGGAAAGA